AUGAAGCGAGUAGCUCCCACCAGUAGAAGCAGCGCGGCGUAUCCCCGCAAAAGAGCCGUCACUGCCUGUCAAGUGUGCCGUUCCCGACGCACAAAAUGCGACCAGAAGAAACCCCGCUGUUCAUUCUGCGAAAAGACCGGCGCCGAAUGUGUCUUCGAUCCCACGGCGUUGUCUACCUUUGACCCGGCGAGCCUCGCGAUUCUCGAACGCCUAGACACACUCGAACAGAAGAUCGAUUCGAUCCAACCACAGCAACAACAACAACAGCCUAGCUCACAUCUGGUACCUUUGCCAACACUCAACGCCGAGAAUGACUCAAAUACAGCCUAUACGGUUGCCAAGGAGUCUCAGCACCCAGAUAGCUUGCUUCCGGAGGAUCUUGAUGAUGUACUGAAAUGGCCGAUCUUGCAGGAUAUCAAUUACCAAGCCACCGAAAGCUCUCAUAUUCCCAGUCCACAAAGCGACCAUACCUCGCCCGCUCAACCCUCUUUGGAUGGCGAUGAAUUAAAUCCGGGCAUCACCAAUGCAUACCUGGACAGCUUUUUUGCCCACGUUCAUCCGAAGAACCCAGUGCUCGACGAGCCAUUUAUCCGUCGUCUUGUUCGUAAAGUCUCUCUAGAAGGCCCAAGCUGGGAUUCCGAAUCCUGCCUGGCGCUACUAGUCUGUGCGAACGGGGCGAUUACUGGCCCUUUCUUGGCCCCCUCCAUCUCUGCCGAGGAGCUGCGUGCGUCUCCUGGUCGCAGGCUGUUCACAGCAGCGUUGAAGCGUAUUGGAGCAACCCUAGACUCCGCAGGCGUUGUCCAGGCUCAAUGUUUAUUCUUCGCCGGUGUGUAUCUAAUGUCCUGCCUCCGACCCUUCGAUGCAUGGCGGUCGUUUUUGCAGGCAUUAGCCGUAUGCCAGAGUUUCAAGUUCAUGGGCGAAGCCACCCAGACAGGUACACCAGCUGAAGAGAGCAUCUAUUGGUCAUCAUGGAAAUCCGAACGAGAGCUCCGCUGGGAAUUAGGCCUUCCUGACUUCGGUACUCGAAUCUCCUUGGAGCCGCCCCAGCGCUUCCCGACUCUACCCCUUACAGAUGAUGAGGAGAUCCUCCGCGCGUGGUACUUUUAUCUCUCCGAGAUCUCUCUCUGGCGACUUGAGACAGAGAUUAGGAAAGAUAUGACUACUCGUCUGUCCGAGCCAAACAGCAACACUCCCGAUGGUCUAACUGACAUCAGCGAGAUUUAUAAACAACAACUGGUCGCCUGUCUUCACUCCUUACCAUCCACGGUCAGCAUCGCCGACCCCCCCUGCCAAACCCCCGAAACCGAUGUUCUUCGCUUCAUACUCCAAGGCCGAUCAACAUAUGUCAAUGAACUGAUCACUUGGCCAUAUAUCGCCUGCGCGGUGAAUAAUAUCCCGCUGGGACAAACAGCGCAGGGGUGGGUUGCAAAGGGCCUUCAGGCCCAUUUGGAGAGAUUGGAUGUCAAUCGGGUCGGGUUUUAUCACCGACAUCAUGGAACCUGGCUGAUGUUACGGACGUCUGCCAGAAGUGCAUGCAUUUUGCUCGCUGUCGCAAGGUCUAGCAUGCGAGAUCUUCUUCCUGUUGGUUGGGAUGAAGCGGUGGAGGCGACGGUUAAGAUGCUCGACUUUUGGCAGGCUGAUGUUGAGGGUGUGGCUGCCUUAGCUCGCUUUUUGCGGCAUCUGUUGUCCCAUGUUCCUUAG